AUGUCCGCUGCCGCUGCGACUCCGAAUACCUCCUCCAAUGCUCUAAACCCCGCCUCCAAUUCCGCCAGGCAACUGAAGAUGAGCACUGCGGCCAAAGGCAUCGACGCACAGCGAAAGCCCGGAAGCCCCAUCGACGGCGGUCACAAAAAACCUCCCGCCAAAUCGGCAUGGACCCAGGGCACCAAUCCCAUCACCCAGCGCCCGACUCACUCUCCCACCCCCAACGGUGCUGUCAACUCACCUAAGCCCCCACAGAGCUCGACGGCUGCCUCCGCCGACAACGCUUCCGCCAUGAGGCACCUCAGCGACCGCAUGAUGUAUCUGCUGGCCAACCUCACUGGGCUCCCGGGCAUCAUCACACUUAAGAAUGGCGACAAGUACUCCGGUGUGCUCUCAGGCACCUCACUAGAUCCUAGCGAGUUACGAUAUGUCUUCAAGAUGGUCAAGAAGCUCUUGCCCACGAGCAACGCUCAGACCAACGGUGCUAGCCAGUCAUCCGACGACUACGUUGGCUCAGGGGACUACCACGUAAUGUCAUUUGACAUGAGCGACGUGGCUGAUUUCAAUGUCAACAACGUGGUUCUCGACAAGUCCCAACUGAAGGGCCCGAAUGGCGCUUCUGGCUUCCGCACUGACACCGACAUUUCUGGCAAGCUCGAGCUCCGCGAGCGCAACCUCCAGAAAUGGGAACCAUCCGAGGUAGAUCCCAACAUGACUCUUGAAUCCACUGGACGGACCGGCGAUUGGGAUCAGUUUGCCACUAAUGAGCGCAUGUUCGGCGUGAAGAGCAACUACGACGAGAACCUGUACACGACUACAAUUAACAAGAACGACCCACAGUAUGCGGAACGGGCCGCCCGCGCUGAGAAGAUCGCUCGAGAGAUUGAGGGCAGUAGCGCAACCAACUCACACGUUCGCGAAGAGCGAGGAGGAUACACUGCGGCCGACGACAACGGCGACGAAGAGGACAAAUACAGUGGAGUACGACGAGACUUCCCAAAUUUGUCAAGCGGCCAGUCCAACCGAUACACCCCACCCGCACGACGUGCCCCCGCCCCUGAAGCGACAGUGCCUGGCGCGCCAGUAGACCCUGCAAUAAUCUCAUCCUCUGUUGCACGACCUGUCUCGCAGUCGACACAACGUGCUGCAAGUCCCGCAAAGCCAGCAGCUGGUACACUUGAGCCUACGAAAGUCCCGGAAGUCGUUAACGAUACUUCCAAGGCGCCAUCAAAACCCACUGAUACGCACAAGGCUAUCACGGAGCAAUUGCAGAAGCCAACUAAUAUGAUCAAGUCGGGCGUCGCUGCCAUCCCUCCUAGGAAAGCUGGACGGCCACAUGAUGCCACUACAAACGUUGAGCACGAUCUUCUCGAUUCGUUCAAGCAAUUUUCGGCUGCUGAAAAAUUACGCAUUUCCGACCGCCAGAGGCAGUUUGCUCGAGAGAACAAGGCUGUAAAGCUUAACGAUCUCAAGAAGUUUGCGCUCAAUUUCAAGUUGAGCACGCCUGUACCGUCAGAUCUUGUGCCCAUACUCGCUAAGGACGAGACGAAGCAGCAAGCCAUCGUUGACAAGGCCAACCGACAAGCUCAAGAGAUGAAGACUACAUCUCCGAAAGCAUCAAGCAGUAUUGCUGACCCAAAGGCUGCUGCACGCUCUGUUGUGAAGCCUGAAACCACUCAAGCCUCUCCUAGCGCCAACGUAGACCGUCAACAAAACCAACGUCCCCGACCAGGGCAACCAGCCUAUACAUCUGCUAGUAUGCGGGGCUCUCACCAGAACAUGAACCAGAUUCCUCCUCGUAACCAGGGACUUCUUAGCACUCGUUUACAGAUGAACCACCAGCAGCACAAGCAGCAAGGUGCUGUGCCCUAUAACGGUGUUCCUCAACCGAUACCAGCUCAGGACAUGCGCAUCCCACCUACUGGUCCUUCGCAGCCUUCGAGCGGUGCCCAGACACCUUCUUCCAGUGUAUCUACGAGGUUCAACGUCCGCGCUCAUGAGUUCAAGCCGAACCCGGCUGCCAGUACCUUCCAGCCUGGCGGAACUCCCAGUGCAACCUCUAGCCCUAGGCCGAACUCUUCAAGACAAGAAGUACGCAAGCCUCCUGUCACAAACUUCUUCACUGGCCAACGGCCCACUGUGAAAGCGCUGGAUGGACCGACAACCUUCAAUGCCAUCGGACGCCUCGAGAAGGAAGCCCAAUCGAGUGAUAAGCCCCAUCACUCCGAUAUUGCGCCUCCGUAUAAGACACCUCCUACGUGGGACUUCCCUUCUUCGAACACACAUAAGGGAUACGAGCAACUGUUCGACCAUGCCCCUCCGCCCGCACCGUUGUCGGUACCACAACACGUUAUGGCCAAUGGUCCUAUGCCUCAUCAGCAUCAAUUACCACCUCAUCUUCAGGGCGCCCAAGGUAUGGCACAAGGGCCGGCAGCUCAACACACGCCUCGUGGACCACCAAUACAGCCGCAUCUUGGCCAGGACCAGCAUCAUUUCGGGGGUCAACACAUGCAGUAUUCGCAUUCGACGUCAUCGGUUCAACCUUCACCACGCCCUAUGGCGCCAUACAUGUAUGGCGCACAGCCUCAACCGAUGCCAGGCUAUCCUCAGCAAGUCCCACAGUAUGGUAUGAGUCCCGGCAUGCAGCACGCCACCAUGCGGAACCCACAAGGCGGCCAGUUCAUGAAUGGCCCAGGGCCGGCGAUGGGUGGCCAAAUGAUGACACAACAGCCGUCAAACGGACCUUUCAUGGGAAUGCCUGGCAAUCCGCAGAUGCAGAUGUACUCUCCCGCUCCCGCUCCUGCGUACCCCCAAUACGGUGCUCACAUGCCUGGUCCUGGCGCUAGCGGAUUUCCUAGCCCUAGGCCGGGUGCGCCAAUGAUGAGCCAUCAAGGAUCACAACAAGGACACCACCAACAACCGCCCAUGAUGUAUAUGCAACCUGGUGCACCAGCUCCUCAGAUGUACCAAAUGCAGCCAGCAAACAUGACUCCAAUGCGAGGACCUUUCCCACAGCCAUAUCAGGGCGGCCACUAUGGCUCACCGCAGCAGCAUCACCAGUUCCCCCAGCAACAUCGUGGUACACCCAGUGGAAGCUACUCGCAGCCUAUGAUGCAACAGCACUCGACGGGUCCCCAGGCUCCGCCCACUGGUCCUGCUAACCAUGCACCGGACGGCAGCAACGAACCUAAAUGA